AUGGAGGGUUUGAGUCACCUCAUAGGAUUGAUGCAGCCUUAUCAUGAGGCUAUGGAGGAUCGAGAGACCAUAGAUCGCAGGCUGAAUGCUACCGCCCUGGACAAGAUAUUCAGGGUUACGCAGUGUACGAACCCCCAGAAGCUGAUGUUUGCUACUUAUAUGCUGGAGGGAGAUGUUCACAAGUGGUGGAUGAACACUUCUCAGGUCUAUGAGAUGCAGGGUCAUGUUAUCACGUGGCCAUUCUUUGAGAUGUUCCUUGGUAGAUACUUCAUGUAUGAUGCUCAGGAGAGGAAGCAAGGGGAGUUCGAGCGGUUGGUGCAGAGCUCGAUGUCUGUUGAUGAGUACUUGGCUAAGUUCAAUGAACUGGCCAAAUUUGCACACUUUAAGAUUGCUAUGCCUACACCGGCAUUCUUGGCUUCUAAGUUUCGGAGAGGACUUAAUGAGGAGAUAGCAGACAGGAUAGCUGGAGCGGCUUCCAGAGACUUUGGCACAUUGAUUGAACAGUGUCGUGAUAUAGAGGAUGUAUGUGUGGUCAGCAAUGCCAAAAAGGCCAAAGUGUUCGAGGUGAAAGGAGCUGGUAGCUCCACUUACUGGAGAGAUAGGAAGCUUGGAAGAAGGGGUAAAGGGAAGCAAUUAUCUACUAGACAGACGCCGAAUCAGUUUAAGAGGACUUCGACGCACGGGAGUGCAGCUAGACCUGCCAUUACUACCAGGUGUACCGGAUGUGGGAGAUCACAUGUUGGGCCGUGUGCCACCGGUCAGAUCAUUUGUUUCCAUUAUGGCAAGGAGGGCCAUUAUGCCAGAGAUUGUCCUUCGUCGGCUGUUAGAACUGCAGCAUUUUAG